GUCAGUUGUAUCUGGUGGUGACUCGUGUUGGUUACAGGCACAGUUUUUCCUCUAAAACACUCCACAAUGGCUUUUCAGUGUCAACGGGACUGCUAUAUGAAAGAGUUUGUUACCUCUGUAGUGUCCUGCAGCCCAGCUGAAUUAAAGCACGAAGUCAAUGGAAAGAAAGAAACUCUUAAGGGGUUCAAUGUCAAGCUCCAAGACACCAUCUUGUUUCCCGAGGGAGGUGGACAACCAGACGACCACGGGCUGAUCGGAGAUGUCCCAGUUUUGAGGGUGACAAGGCAGGGACCAGAAGCAGUACACUUUGUGAGUUCACCUCUGGAGGUGGGUCAGGAGGUGCAGGUGAAGGUGGACUGGGAGAGGAGGUUUGAUCACAUGCAGCAACACUCAGGUCAACAUUUGAUCACAGCACUGGCAGAUACAAUGUUUGGAUACAAAACCACAUCUUGGGACCUGGGGCGUCAGAGAAGCACCAUUGAGCUGGACACUCCCUGUGUGAAGCCUGCUCAGCUCCAGGCCCUGGAGGAAGCCAUUAAUGAGAGGAUCAGAGCUCAUGUUCCUGUCACUGUUCAGCUUCUCUCUAUAGAUGACCCUGCAGUGGAAAAGGUGAGGAGUCGAGGGCUGCCAGAGGACCAUGCAGGGCCGAUUCGGAUCAUUGAUAUCGAGGGCGUCGAUGCCAACAUGUGCUGUGGGACCCAUGUGUCUAACCUCAGUCACUUACAGGUAAUAAAGCUUCUGGGAACUGAGAAAGGAAAGAAAAACAAAACCAACCUGAUCUUCCUGGCAGGAAACAGGGUACUGAAGUACGCAGAGAAAAGCUACAGCACAGAGCGCUCACUGGUGUCUCUUCUGAAAACGGGCCCUGAUGAGCAUGUUGAGGCAGUUGACAAGCUGCAGAAGUCUGUUAAACUUCUACAGAAAACUAACCUGAGCCUGCUACGAGACAUGGCUGUCCUCAUCGCGCAGAACUUUAAGAACAAUCCCCAGAGAGGCAACUUCUUCAGCUUGCACAAAAAAGAGGGUGACAACGAGUUCAUGAAUAUCAUUGCCAAUGAAAUAAACACAGAGGAAACUUUGGUUUUCCUCACUGUUGGAGAAGAAAAGGGACCUGGUUUGUUUCUACUGGCUGGACCCAGUGGACCAGUGACUGAGACGGGACCACAGGUGUUAGAGAUGCUCCAAGGGAAGGGGGCAGGGAAGAACGGACGUUUCCAAGGCAAAGCCAACAGCCUGGCUCGGAGAGGAGAGGUGGAGGCGUUCCUGCAGCGGCACUGCAAACAUCACACCUCAGAAGAAUAAACUCAGCAAUAGCUCAAUACAAAUAUUUUAUAUUUGCUAAAGGAAACGAUGCGUUUAGAAACCAAUGAGGAGUUCAGGUCUUAAAUAUCCAUAUUUUGUGGUAAACACUAAAGGACAUGUAAGAAAUAAAUUGUUCAUAUGAACAUGUAUAUAAAAUGGACUUCGGUACAUGUGCUGUACAUAUCUGAAUGUUAAAUGUCAUGUACUGUUUUUAUUAAUUGAAAACAUCCACUGUUAAACCUUUUUUUUCUGUGAUCAUAGUUUCAUUCAUUUUUUUCCCGUUUUUUUAUUUUACACGUAGGAACUAUAUUACUGUAAGUGCCUGGCUCAAGGGCACAACAACCUGCCAUUUAGACACACAAUGAAAAAUUCUUAAUAAAAAUCACCCUCUCAGAGUC